UCCACAACAGGUUCGAGUACUGGUUGCCUAAGUACCAUUGAAGACAUUGGAUCCUUGAGGCAACUGUGUGUGUCUGGGUCGAGGCUGGUCCCUUCUGCGUCUCCAUUACAAAGAACUGAAGAGUCCAUAUCCAGCUCAGGUUCUCUGGACUUUAUGUCAUCAACGUACUCAUUUCUGGAGGAAGAGAUCUAUGAUGCAGAUGGCACUGUUGAAGAAUACCUUGCCUAUGACAGCAGAGAACAUGAUGAUGAGAGUCUGGAUCAGAAAAAAGCUCACAUGCACCAGAAGAGGUCUAGGCGUGGCAUUCCUCCUGUCUCUCCCAAUGAUUGUAUCAAAGACAGUGUAGCUGCAGAAGCUUUUGAUGAUGUCUGGAAAAAGGUUGUGGAAUCGUUAAAAGAGCUCAUUAUUAAAUCAUGGGAAUUUGGCACAGAUGACCUAAAACAAUUAGAAAAUUUUCAGAAUGCAGCGAAUAAGUAUCUUCAGCUCCCAAUUCCACGGAUAACAUCAGCAACAACUGGAGUUCCCCCAUCCCGGGGUUCAGAUGCACGGAGUAUGUCCUUUGGCACUUAUGUCUUUACACCACAGACCAGUCGUAACUUAAGUGGUGACCUGAAUGGAGUAAUGACAAUACAAGCUAAACCAUUGCAACACAGACAUUCUGGUCUCUCUGAGAAGACACAUGAACAAGAAGACAAAUCUUUAAACAUUUUUCCAAGGGGACUGAGCUCUGCACGGAAUCGGUUAGGAAGGUUGAAUGACAGCAAUGCUCUCUCGUCCUCCCGCCUUCUGCACACUCCUUCUAGGAAAACACCGACACAUCGAAGACUGCCUGCUCUAACUUUAGAGUCCAUCCCAUCUAAAACUCCUAAUGUUUACAGUGAUGAAGUGCUCAGGGGUACAAAACUAUACACAGGACUGGAAAGACUGUCUUCACCAUCUAUCCAAACCAGCAGGAAUAAGUUACCGCCAAUUAACUCUGAUACAGUGGAGCAACAUUUGUCUGUACCCGGAUCUCGUCACUCAGCUAACAGAGGAAAGCAUCCUCAUAGCCGGAUAUCUAGUGCUGUGCCUAAUACUACA